AAGAAAAACUAAUAAAAAUUACAUAGAAAUGCUGAUGGUUUGUGGGUAAUGAAGCUGUCAUUCCCAGUCCUUUGGAAAACGCGCGGGCGAAGAGUUUUUAAAAUGGCGGCAGUUUUGAGUCCUUCAGACACAGAAGACUUUGAAGUCGUUUUGCAGGUAACUCAAAGAGAUAUUAACUGUUUGUCUGAUGACAAUAGAACAACACGACGUAGGGCAUUAGAUAAAAUUCUCAAAGAUGUCCUACAAAGAAAGCCCCCACUAUCUGCACAAGUCCUGCAGAGUUUGUUGGAUGAGCUGGUCAAACCUCUGCUGAAAGUCAUGUCUGACCCAACUGAAAAGUGUAGGGACUUGUCAGUACAAAUAAUGUCAGAAUUUGCUGAUAAAAUUGUAGACGUAUCUGUGUUUCUUCCAUACAUUAUUCCCACCAUAAGUCAGCGUCUUGGCCAACCUGAAAUUGUAGAAAAUUGUGAGGAAUUAAGGCUCGCUUUGGUGAAAUUAUUGACAACUGUGACAAAACUAUGUCAAAACAAAAUGGCAGUCUAUAUUGAUGAUAUGAUAAAAAUAUUCCAGAGGACAAAUCUGGACCCAUUUCAUGAAGUGAGAAAGGAAAGUUUCAAGUGUAUUAAUGUGUUGGCUCCUGCAAUACCAGAGCAGUUCUACUUUCAAGGGAAUUCUUUGGUCAGCUCUUUGUUAAAAACAAUAAGUCAUCAGCACUCUAAAGUCAGAGUAGCCUGCAUUGAGACAAUUGGAGUAGUAAUACAGUAUGGUGAUGGUAAGAAUGUAGAUGAUGUUACAUCUCAUUUAGCGCAGAGGACAUUUGACUCAUCACCUACUGUUAGAGCAAUGGUUACAUCAGUAGUUGGUGACUGGCUCCUGAACCUUAGAGACAGAUAUUCUUAUUUUCAUAAACUUCUUCCAUAUUUAUUGACUGGGUUAUCAGAUGAGAUGCCAGAUAUUAGAAAUAAAUCAAGAGAAUUAAUGGACCAGGUGGGAGAUUUGUAUGCUAAAGAAAAUGAAGAAGAACUGAAGGAUAAGAUUAAUUUUGAUGAGCCUCCCACAUACAGACUGAUAACAGACAUUCCCAGACCAAGUCUAGGCUGCAGAAUCCUCAUCCACCGAAACCUCUCCAAGAUCCUCCCAGCUGCUCUCAGAGAUAUGACAGACUGGACUGUAGACACAAGAAAAAAAGCAUCCGCAUUGGUGUACAAUUUACUAUUCUAUGCCGAGGACAAUACGACUCAGCACAUGGAGGUUCUCUUGAAUGGCUUGUAUAAAGGGUGUCAGGAUGAAGAAAAGGAAGUGGUCAGCCAGGUUAUUGCCAGUGCAGAAUUGGCAGGUAGCUUUGUAGAUCCUGCUGUAUUUUGUAAGCUUGCUCUUCCUCAUCUCAAGACAUCAGCUACCUCUUCGUCACAGUCAUGUACAAACUGCCUUACAAUAUUAGCAGCUCUUAUCCAUGGAUGUAACCCUGAGCUACUUGUUCCACAACUUCAGUAUAUCUGUGAAACCAUUUGCCUGCCUGAGGUCUCCUGUGCAGAACAGCAAUCCACCCAGCAGCAACUCCUCAUCCUCGUCAAUGCUGUACUACAAAAGGCUGGCACACACUGCACCCAAUAUAGCUAUCAGUUGUUCACAGUCAUAAUGCACGUGAAGGCUUUACAGACCCAGUCAGGACUGGAAGAGGAGGUCAUGGCUUCCCUGCAGAUGCUAGCUACUAUACAAAACCUGCAGAGUAUACAACAGCUGUAUGAAAAACACAGUGAAGAACUAUUAACUAAGCUUAAGGCAAGCCACAUGUCAUGGACCAGUCACUCACCUGAAAGACAACUCUUUGAUGUGUUACUCACAAACGCAGGCCCUGUAACUGGACAAGUGCUGCUGGCUGAUGCUAUGCCUAUAUUUGCAUCUUGUUUUGAUAUAAAUAGAGACCCAGAAAUGAGAUUGAAGACCUUUUCACUAAUGUCCAGAUUAGUGAUGGAUGCCUCUAAAUCUGAAGUGUCCAUAGAUGCAUUUAAAGAAUAUUCACUUGCAAUAGUUAAAGAUAUGAUCAUUCCUAACUGUGUUUGGCAAACAGGAAGAACCGCUUCAGCAGUGAGAGCAGCAGCUGUCUCGUGUCUAUGGGCUGUACUGCAAGCAGGUUUACUGACUGAUCAACAAGCUAAAGAUAUCAUGAAAGAACUGCUAACACAGCUCAACACUUGUUUGGACGACCACAAUCAAACCACUAGGCUAGUUUCAUGCAAAGCAUUACAGAAACUUCUCAUUUCCUGUAAAGAUUCCUUCAAUGCUGACACUCUCCAUCAAAUUUAUCCCGAACUGACGAAAAGAAUGGACGACAGCAGCGAUGAAAUCCGUAUCAUGGUCACCAAGACAUUCCUUGCAUUCUUUAGAGCCUUUCCUGCUGACUAUGAUCGAGAUCUUUACAAGUUCCACUUGCAGUCCAUGUUUAAGGGCUUAUUAAUACAUCUAGACGAUCCUACCGCUAGUAUUCAAGAAAGUGUUCUUGCUGCACUACUUGAGGCAGUUCAUAUUGCACCGAAUAUUUUACAAGAGCAAGUUGAAGCUGUAAAACACAAGCACAGAGUGGCAAGGUUUUGUAAUGAAAUUCUAAAGGAAAUCCAGUCCCACACAGCCAUGGAGCAUUAAGAUAACCAUUACAUGUUUUACCAUAUGUAGCAAUGAGAAUGUCUUGCAAUUUUUUUUAAUUUAAUGUAAAAUACUUAAGAGUGACAAUAAUAAUGGAGGUUCUUAUCUAUAUGUUGAAAUAUAUUUGUUUGCAACAUA